AUGAAUGGGAAAGACUCUCUUGCUGGCAUAAGUGGUAGGGACUAUUUUACACUAGUGCUUCUCUCCACAUGGACCAACUUCAUCCCUAACUACAAGUGUGAUAGUAAAGAUAAUACUGUCGCAGUCAUUGGGGGACCCAACUCAGAUGUGAAUUUCUUUAUGGCAACCAUUCUGAGCAUUUACAAGGUUCCACAGCUUGGAUAUGGUUCUUCUCCUGUGAUUCAUGGCCCAUCCCAACAACUCCUCUUCCAAUGGAUGUUCCCUAAUAGGAACCAACAGUAUGUCGGGAUGCUCCAGUUGCUUUUGCUUUUCACAUGGACCUGGAUUGGUGUCAUUUUUAUAGAGGAUGACAAUGGCCUCAGGUUUGUACAGAAAGAACUUCCCAAAUUUUCCCAGGGAGGUAUCUGCUUUGACUUUAUAGAACCAUUGCCUCCACUAUAUUUUAAAAUUGGCAUACAUGAAAUGAUAGAAUCAUGGGUCAAACUGUACCUCUUGAUAAGUGAUAGCACUGCCAGCGUUGUGGUCUUACAUGGGGAAAUUCACACUAUGAUUGUUUUGAGAAUGUUUCCCAGAAUUCCAGAGUUUGAAAACAUUCCUGGGAUGACAAAUAGUAAAGUCUGGAUGAUGACAGCACAGAUGGAGUUCACUUCUAUUCCCUUACAACGAUCUUGGGAUGUAGAUAUCCUUCAUGGUGCCUUAGGCUUUGCAACCCAGUCAAAGGAGGUGGUAGGUUUCCAAAAUUUUCUUCAGAGGAGAAACCCUGAUGUACAAACCAGAGAUGGGUUUAUUAAGGACUUUUGGAAACAGGCAUUUGAUUGUUCCUUCCAAACAUCCCUAGAAGAGGAGAAUCUUUGGAAUCGCUGCAGUGGGGAGGAGAAGCUAGAGGCUCUUCCACGGUCUAUUUUUGACAUAAGCAUAUCUUCCCAUAGCUAUAGUGUCUACAAUGCAGUUUAUGCUGUGGCCCACGCAUUGCAGUCCAUGAGCUCGUUGAUGUUAAAACGCAGAACUCUGUCAGAGGAAGGACGAAAGAUCAUUCUGAAUCCAGUGCUGUGGCAGUUCCAUCACUAUCUACGGAAAGUCUCAUUUAACAACAGUGUUGGGGAAAUGAUUUCCUUUGAUCAGAAUGGAAACCUGGAAGCAGGAUUUGAUAUUAUCAACUGGGUCACAUUCCCAAAUCUAAGUCUACAUCGAGUCAAAGUUGGAAAAUUUGAUCCCAAAGACCAAGAGUUCAAUGUUUAUGUCAACGCCAUUAGAUGGCCCAGGAGAUUUAACCAGGUAUUUCGCAUAUAG